UCGGUCAGUAACACGGGCGACUCUGGCAGGGGAAGCGUUUCUGCGCUGCAGGAGAUCGGAGACGAGCCCGAGGAAAACGGGAAGGGAGGAAAGACCGCGCAGCCCGUGCGCUUCGGCUGGGUCAUCGGGGUCAUGAUCCGCUGCAUGCUGAACAUCUGAGUCAUUCUGUUCCUGCGCUUGUCCUGGAUCACAUCUCAAGCAGGAAUCCUCCUCACGUGGUUAAUUAUACUGAUGUCAGCCCUGGUGACCUCCAUAACGGCUCUGUCCGUAUCUGCCAUUUCCACCAAUGGAAGAGUCUCUUCUGGUGGUGCGUACUUCAUGAUCUCCCGUACUCUGGGUCCUGAGUUGGGGGGUCCCAUCGGCGUGGUGUUUUCCUUCGCCAACGCUCUCGCUUGCGCGCUCAACACCGUGGGGUUUUCAGAGACCGUCAGAGAUCUUCUCGUGGAGAAUGACUCCCAAAUUGUGGAUUCAAUCAAUGACGUCCGAAUUAUAGGGUCCAUCACAGUCACCGUGCUGCUUCUCAUCUCAUUGGCUGGGAUGGAGUGGGAGUCUAAGACUCAGAUCCUGUUCUUCUUGGUUCUCAUGGUGUCUUUCACCAACUAUUUCGUUGGCACUUUGAUUCCGCCGACUCCCCAGAAGCAGUCCAUAGGUUUCUUCAGUUACCGCAGUGAGAUCUUCUUGGAGAACCUCUUCCCGGACUGGAGAGGUUCAGACGGCAACUUCUUCCGAAUGUUUGCCAUUUUCUUCCCGUCUGCCAUCGGCAUCCUUGCCGGAGCUAACAUCUCGGGAGAUCUGAAGGAUCCUGAGAUUGCCAUCCCAAGAGGGACACUGAUGGCCAUAUUCUGCACCACCAUGAGCUAUUUAGCCAUUUCUUCAACCGUGGGAGCGUGUGUGCUGCGUGACGCCUCCGGGAACAUGAACGACAGUGUGCCGCUGAACUCGACCGAGGCGUGCGAGGGUCUGAGCUGCGGUCUGGGCUGGAACUUCACCGAGUGCCAGCAGAGCCAGACCUGCUCCUUCGGCCUCUCCAACAGCUUCCAGGUUCUGGUCCAGGUCUCUGGCUUUGGUCCGUUGAUCUAUGCAGGCAUAUUCGCGGCCACCCUAUCGUCUGCCCUUGCGUUCCUCGUCUCCGCACCCAAAGUCUUUCAGUGUCUCUGUAAAGACAACAUCUACCCGUACAUCGGUUUCUUUGCAAAGGGUUAUGGGAAAAACAACGAGCCCCUGCGAGCGUAUCUGCUGUGUUACAUCAUCGCCAUGUGCUUCAUUCUGAUUGCUGAGCUGAACACAAUCGCUCCUCUGAUCUCAAACUUCUUCCUCUGUUCUUACGCUCUCAUCAACUUUAGCUGUUUUCACGCUUCCAUCACUAAUUCACCCGGAUGGAGACCCUCGUUUCGGUAUUACAGCCCCUGGACGGGUUUGUUCGGUGCGGUUGUUUCAGUCGUACUGAUGUUCUUGCUCACCUGGUGGGCGGCGCUCAUCGCUGUCGGUUUAAUCAUCUUCUUAUUCGGCUACGUGGCCUAUAAGAAACCCGAGGUGAACUGGGGUUCGUCUGUCCAGGCCAGUACCUACAAUAUGGCUCUGUCCUACUCCGUGUCUCUCGCAGGAGUCGAAGAUCAUGUCAAAAACUACAGGCCUCAGUGUCUGGUCCUGACGGGUCCCCCGACUCUGCGUCCAGCGCUGGUGGACUUUGUUGGCUCUUUCACUAAAAAUGUCAGUUUGAUGAUUUGUGGUGACAUUCUCAUGGAUGAUGAGAAGACUGUUUCUCAGCGCAGUUCUCAUGACAUGGUAAAGUGGCUCAAUCAGAGGAAGGUUCGUGCCUUCUACACGGCCUUCAAGGCAUCCAGUCUGAGAGAAGGAGCCCGGUAUCUUCUACAGGCGUCUGGUUUGGGAAAGUUAAAGCCGAAUAUACUGGUGAUGGGAUUCAAAGUGAACUGGCAGGAAAGCAGCAACAAAGACAUAGAGGAUUAUAUCAACACCAUAUAUGACUCUUUUGAUUCUAACCACGGUGUGUGUGUUCUCCGCAUGAUGGACGGACUGGACAUCCGAGACGAGUUAGAGACUGAGGUCAAUCAGGCUUUUGAGGUGGACGAGGCCAUAGAGUCUGAUGAUCAGAUUUCUGACGCUGAUUCAGAUGUCGACAACACAAAGAACACGGCGAGCGAUCAGAUCAAAACCGUGUUCCAGAGCAAACAAGGGAAGAAGACCAUUGACGUGUACUGGAUCUCUGAUGAUGGAGGUUUGACUCUGUUAGUCCCAUACUUGUUGAGCAGAAGGAAACGCUGGAGACGGAACAAAGUCAGAGUGUUUGUCAUUGGAGAACAGCAAACCAUGGAGAACGACCGCAAAGAAAUGAUGACUUUGCUCCAGCGUUUCCGACUGGAUGUUCACAGUGUCAUCGUGAUGACGGACAGCGAGCGGCCGCCCCUUCCCAAAAACGUCAGGCGCUUCGAGGAAACGCUCGCCCCCUUCAGGCUGAACGAGGGACAGCUGGACGAGAGGACGGCGCAGCAGAAGAGGGCGGAGUCUCCCUGGAAAGUCACGGACAAACAGAUGGACGCUCUGAGACUCAAGUCGGAGAAGAAGGUGCGUCUGAAUGAGAUCAUGCGGAGAAACUCGAAGCAAGCCGCGCUGGUUCUAGUGUCUCUCCCCGUGCCCCAGGCGGAUUGUCCCAGCUCUCUCUACAUGUCCUGGUUGAACACGCUGAGCUGCGGUCUGCACUGUCCGGUCCUGCUCAUUCGAGGAAACCAGCAGAACGUCAUGACCUUCUACUGCCAGUGAAACAGACACAACGUUCCCUUACUGACGCUACACCAAAAGUGCACGGCUUUUUAGUGUUUCCAAAUAGUGGAAGGAAACACUUACUCUUACGUUCUUAUUUACUCUUUUU